CGAAGAACAAACUGAGUGAGUCAGUCUCACUGCGCACGCGUGCUCUGCCCAGCUAGAAAAACCGGACAGAAAUUAAGAAAAAAAUAAUAAUUGAAAGUGAAAGAGGUCAUAAAAGCGGCGACACUUCCACGAGGAUGGCUUCCGAGAGUGGCAGACGCUGACGGUAAGGAGGUCAUGGCCUGCGCCCGGGUACCGCUGGACGAGCAGCAGGUGACCGAGCGAGACGCGCUGGGCAAGGAGCGCUCGCUGCCCGCUCUGCACCCCGACAGGAAGGAGGAGCGCUUCUUCAUGCCUUACGUGCCUCUGUCAGAGGACCCCUCUCCGGCAGAGGUGGAGGAGUUCCUAGAGCGCGGCAGAUUCAUCCUGGAGGAUCUGGAAUGGCUACUCACGCUGCCACAUGACAAAUUUUGGUGUCAGGUUGUGUUUGACACAUCGCUGCAGAAAUGCUUGGAUUCGUACGUCCAUCAUGCCCCUCGCGGCCUCGAUCUGGCCCCUGUGCCCUUGUCUCCGGUGGCGGCAGAAAGUCAACGUGCGCUCCACCGCGCUGUCUUCUUUGCCUUCCUCAGGAUGGCCACUCACAAGGAGUCCAAGGAGAGCUUCAUUACACCUGCUGUGUUUGGGGAGGUCCUGUACGAGAACUACCUGUUUGACGUUCCCAAAAUGAUGGACCUGUGCAUGCUAUUCGGGAAGGGCAACGCUCAGCUGCUGCACAAGAUGAUUGAGAACAUCUUCACCCAGCAGCCGUCCUAUUACAGAGACCUGGAUGACACUGUGCCCACCAUUUUGGAGGUGUUUGACACCAUCGAGGAGAAGUGUGGCCUCCACUGCGACGCUGCUGCCGCCGCCCAGCCGAUGAAGCUCAACGCCCGCAAGCAGCUCACUGCUAUCAGCAUGACUCAGCAGGACUUUGUGGACAUUGUUCUGUACCUGUGUGACACCAGCAGUACCUUGCACGCCUUCCUGAAUGUCUUCCCUGCCGCCUGUGCCACCUUCCACUCGCACAGCUUCCUCUGCAGACUGACCUCUUUUUACGAAAGUGUUGUGCCUGACCUGGAAAAGGCCUUGAAGAAGAGGAACUUUGACGAUAAGAGUCUCCGGGAGGAUGCGUGGCGGAGGUUUUCCCACUCGUGUCGCAGGAUGCUGGAGACUGCUCACCUGCUGCUGCACCACACCUGCCUGCAGCCCAUUCUGGAGGGGGUAGAAAACAUGCAAACAUUCGCUGAAGAGCUGCUGCAACACUUCACGUCGUUUCUGUCUGAGAAAAGGUUCUUGUGCGACUACGACAAGCUGUUUCCCAUCGCAGAAGACGUCAGCCUCCUCCAACAAGCACUUCCUGUCAUCGACGAGACCAGGACAUCCUACCUCCUCCACGGCGUCCACAGUGCCUGGGACAGCAUGGGCAGAUGCAAACCGCAACCUACAGUGUCGUCGUCGCAAUUGGCCAAUCACGAAAUAAUGUGUGGGGCUUCACUCUCCAUUGGUCAGGAUGUGAGAGAAGCAGAAGGUGGCAGAGAGAGCCCCAAGGGGGCUGAGGCCAUGUUGGAUGCUCCCCGUAAAGGAAGCAACGGUGCCACUUGUCCGGUGAGCGAGGCUGAGCUGGAGUCACUGCUGUCGUGCAUCCGGGACCUGCUGCCCGACUUGGGCGAGGGCUUCCUGAUAGCGUGCCUACAGGAGUAUGGCUAUGACUCAGAGGUGGUCAUCAACAACAUCCUGGAGGGGCAACUGGCGCCCGGCCUGGACGCGUUGGACCGCGGCAUGCCCAGGCCGGUGAAAGAAACGCUCCCUGGCGUCCUGUGCAGCAGAUCCAACGUCUUUGACGACGACGAGUUUGACGUCUUCCGCAGGGAUCGUGUGGACAUGACACGUGUUUGGAAGGGAAGGAGAAAAGGCGAGAGCGUGGAGGAGCUGCUGAACGACAAGCAGCACAUAUCUGAGCAACGCGCCCGCUACCAGGCCUACCAGACUGUGGUGGACGAGGUCGAGCUGCAGGCGGAAGACAUGGCAGGAGGCGCAGCGGGCGUGUCAUCUAGCUACGGCAUGGGCGACCAGUACGACGACGAGUACGACGACACAUACGACAUGAACCAAGUGGGAGCCAACGACCUGGACGGAGACAGCCUGCUGAACAGGAGACCCUUCACGCUGCCCAGAGUCCUGCAGAGAGCCAACAAAGCUGAUGAAGCAGAGGAUGAAGAAUACCAGGAAGAAGACCAAGGACUGCAGCGCAACAUGAACAGAGACCAGUUUAUUCAGGACCCCGCACUGCUGAGGGAGCGAGUCGAAGCCAAACGAGCCGCCAUGCAGCAAAGGAAAGGCAUCCGGCCGGAGCGUCCCAGCCACGUGGUGGGCUGUCCCAAAGGCCAGGGGCAGACAUUGGACACAUUCCUUGACAGACGCAAGAAGGAGGCCAACAAGGGCCGCGGGGCCAACCACAACCGCCGCAACAUGGCUGACCGCAAGAGGAACAAAGGUAUGAUCCCCUCGUGAUGGGAAAAGAAGAAAAAGAGGACUGCUGUUUUUUAAUGACUGACGCUUUCUCCUUUGGACAAAUAAUUUAUUUGAUUGGAAACCAAAGUCAAAAGAUGUUUAACGAAAAAAAAGACAAAGCAAAAACUAACACUUGGAAGUAGACGUUUAUUGCAUUGACCUUGUCGUCCAGUUUGCGCCUUCAAGUCACAAACCACAACUCACCAGUUUUUGUACAUGGACCUGAUCUGUUAGCACUUUGUAACCACAGCACAUGAAAAUGCUUAGAAUAAAUACUUGAAUAAGGUCUCAAACCUGAUUCACACUUUUAAAAUCUACAGUUUUAAAACACAGUUGAUGUUUUUAAUUUGACAGUGUGUUGACAUAAUUUGGGACCGGCCAGUGCCAAUUUACCUGCUGAGAUUUCCGUGGUGGCAGAUGAAAAAGCAGUGUCAAAACCACUGUCCUGGUUGUGGGAAAAAUUCCCAGAAGAAUCCCUGUGGACACGCAACAGUUUCUGAUCCAGGUCCUUAUAACAAAAGGGUAAAAAAAAAUAAUAAUAAUUUGGAGUGUUCCCACGAUGACCACUAAUUUUCACUGCGGAUGGUGCCUAAGGAGGAAACAAGUUAGUAAAUCGGACGAACUUCAAACAGAAAUGGCCGAAUACCUGUGCCUUUCACAGCAUAAGUUCUACAUUGAUUUUCAUGCGUCCUGUCGUGAUCAACACAAGUGCCGAAUUUGGUGUAAAUCUGACACACUGGUGCCGGAUGCAAAUAUUUUCUAAAUUGCUCCGGGGAUGUUUUGUUUUUCAUGGCGAAUCAUCAAACGCUCACAUUUUAGUAUGAAGAGUCACAACUUCUGCAAUAAAAGUGUCACCCAUUUGUCUAGUAUACAGUGGAAAUAAAAUGUUUACACAUCCUU